GCGAAUGUGCUGAGAAUACGCCCAGCUGUGGAGCUGGGAAUAUCCUCUGUAAAGCCCUCACGUCACUCGGCUCUCUCCUCCCCACACAGAUCAGGGGAAAGGGAGCCUCCGGCGCAGCAGAGCCAGUGACAUGCGGGUAGCCCAGGCCUGGCCCAAGGACUGCAGCGAGAUAACCUGGAACAGGGUCAGUGGCGUCUUCGUCAUCCAGCCCACAGGACUCCAUCAAUUCGAGGUCCACUGUGAGCUGAACAGCACCAGUGAGGGCUGGACGGUCCUCCAGCGGAACCGGCACGACACACAGAUCACCUGGGCUGAGUCCUGGAGCACCUACAAGUACGGCUUUGGCAACGUGCAGGAUGACUACUGGCUGGGGACGGAGUACAUCUAUCGGAUCGCCAAGCAGAAGAUCUACCAGGUCAGGUUUGUCAUCCACGAUUCAUCCGGCACCAUGAAAUACGCAGACUACAACCUCUUCAGUCUGGAAGACGAGUCCAAAGGCUACAGGCUGAGGCUGGGCUCUUACACUGGGACUGCAGGGGACGCCAUGGCCCCAAACAAUCCUACCACCGUGCAUGACAACAUGAAGUUCUCUGCUAAAGACCUGGAUCAGGACACUUCCAGUGGGAACUGUGCGUCUAGCUCUGGUGGGGGCUGGUGGUACUCGGCUUGUUAUUCUGUUCGACGGAACGUCAAAGGGAGCAUCACUUGGGGUAGUUUCUGUAGUGGGAACUGCCAAGCCUCCGCCAUCCUCAUCAAACCAGCGUCCUACUGUUAGUCACCCCUUCCCCACCCUCCUGUCUGCAGUGAGGAGCAGGAGCGCAGUGCUUGCCUCAUACCAGGGCAUCCUGUGGCAGC